GCUGGUUGGCCAACUUCUACGGGCUCUGCUCGUCCGUUGCGACCACCCUCUCCCGCUCAGAAAACAACCAUGUCCGACGAAGAGGGCCCUGGGCGCAAGACCGCGUAUCGUAUUGAAUACGCAUCCUCCGCUCGCUCGAAAUGUAAAGGUCCCAAGCCAUGCUCCGGCUCCCCGAUCGCCAAGGGCAUAAUGCGUGUCGGCACUCUGGUGGAUAUCAAGGGUAUCCAGAGUUUCCAGUGGAGGCACUUUGGAUGCGUCACGGAUCGUUUUAUGGGGAAUAUCUUGAAGAGCGUGGGGGAGAUCGAGGAACUGGACGGGUAUGAGGACUUGAAACUGGAAGAUCAGGAGAAGGUGAAGAAGGCUUUCGAGACGCGUACGAUCGAGCCGGAGGACAUUCCGGAGAGUGCGAAGAAACCCGAAGCUGAUGGGGAAGGCGAGGAGGAGGAGAAGCCGAAGAAAAAGCGCACGACCAAGAAGACCGACAAGGAUGAAGAGGAAGGGGAACCGAAAAAGAAACGCGCGACUAAGAAGACUGACAAGAAUGAAGAGGAAGAGGAACCGAAAAAGAAACGCGAAACCAAGAAGAAAGCCAAGGACGAAGAUGAGGAGGACGAGCCGCCUAAGAAGAGGGUACGCAAGGCCAAACCUAAGAAGAAGGACGAGGAUGAGGACGAGGACGAGGAACCGGAGUACCAGGAAGAGGACGAUGAUGACGAAGAAGAUGAAGAAGAGGAGAAGCCGAAGAAACGAGCUAAGAAAGCGGCGGCUAAGCCGGCUGACAAGGCGAAAACCGGUGGACGCAAGGUUCGAAAAACAGCACGUCUCUUCUAAAACAUACGGCGAUGAUGAUGACGACGGGGACGAUUUUAACGACGAUGAGUCCGAGGAAGAAGUAAUGCCACAGAAGCGCAAACGUCAGCCUCCCACCGCGCGGGCCCCCAUAUCCAACUCUGACGGCUCGGCGCGCGCGAAGCGUACCAAGACGAAAUGAUCUCCUUUCUUUCUAGGAGCUGCGUUAGGGCUGUGCUCUGGCUGAGUGGCCGAAGCGUACCCAGCUUCGCCAGCGCACUGUUCCCUCAUUCCGUGUUCAGUUCUCUGCUCCUAUCACGCUUGAUCUGUGAUCCGUUCGUUCAUUAUGUAUUAUAGGGUUGAUGCGUGCUUGAUAUGUGAGUGACUCGUAGUUCUUAGGUAAGAUAGUCAAGAUAUACCCGUUCGUUAGUGAAUAUAUUUGUUGUGUGAU